AUAUGCAGGGGACAAAAUAUCUACUAGAAACUAUGAUCUCGAUAAGCAUCAAUAAGAAAAGAGAUAACUUUGACUUGACUAGGAGGCGAGACGUCGUCGCUUCAACUUGAUCCACUUCCACUCUACGCAAAAUAGUCCCAAAGUCUUACCGAUAAAAUUUUCCGUUCAGCCGCCGAAAACAAGAAGCAAUGCCACUCUCACUGGUUCAAGCAGCUUCAGUGUCCUACUUCAAAUCCCAAUCAACGAUCCCUUCUCUCUUCAAGCCCUCUGGUUUACUUCUUCAAAAGUCCAUCUUUCCUGAUUCCAAGUUGACCCUCCACCGGAUUUUCCAUUCCACGAAGAAAGUCUCAGAUGGGUCUGCGCGUGCUUCCUUGCUUGAGAGCCCUGUCUUAUGGGCUGGUCGAAUUUGUGUCUUCUACGCUCUCGUCAAAGCUGGUUUAGCUGGAUCCAAGUCUAACCCCAUCGUUUCUGGUUUUGAAAGUGGUGGUGUUGAUGUUGAUGAUGAUGGUGCGGAUCUUGGUUUCUCAAAGUGGCUUAACAUUAAGGGCAAACCAGGAAAAGAUGCAGCUGAUAAGAGGAAGCUGGUGAGCAAAUGGCACCCGACGACAAAGGGAACGCUUAGAAGGAACUACAGGGUACCUUCCAAAGGCGAAGGAAACCGUCUGCUUAAAUCCAUUGCGUCUCUUCUCUCAGAUGAUGACCACUUUAGAGAUGCAACCUCUCACAAGGGUUGUCAAAUACGGCGGGAGAGUGCACACGGUCAAAGCGUAUGUUGCAACAACGUAAGAGCUCUGUUUGAUGAGUUACCGACGCCACAUUUGGUGGUUGAGAUCACACCUUUUCCAGCCGGCCCGCUUACAGAGAAUGAUUACCUUAAGGCCGAGAAGCUGGAAAAGGUUCUUAGGUCAGGCCCCAACAUUUGAACCCCCUGCUACUCAGAGAGUGAUCUACUACUAUGUGUCAAAUUCCAAAAUCUGUACAUACUCGACCAUCUUUUGACUUUAUGAAAGUGUUUGUUUCUCGCCAAGCAUAGACUAUUAUCAUUGUUAAAAAUCGUUUUAAGGUAGACAUAAGUUUCUAAAUUAUUUGCACGCAA